AUGGGCACACAAAAGUUACUGAGAUUGUUAAUUUCAAAAGGUGUUGAUGUGGAUCCACAACAUGAUUCUGGCACUCCAUUGCAAUGGGCUGCAGCUCACCGCAAGCAAGAUGCUGUUAAGAUUUUAUUAGAUCACCAUGCCAAUCCUAAUGUAUUAUUUCAUCAUAUGUUUACUCCACCGGUGGCAUCUGUUUUUUCAGAGUUGUCGGAAUGCACAUUGUUGUUGAUUCAGGCAAUCACAGCAGACCCAUCCGAUGUGAGUGUACUAUCAAACUGGAGCCUUUGUUGGGUCCGCCUGGGACAAGGAGAGCGUGCUUUAGGUGAUGCCAAAGAGUGCAGAUUUCUGAGGCCAGACUGGCCGAAAGCAUGCUACAGGGAAGGUGCGGCAUGGAGGUUACUGAAAAGGCUUGAUAAAGCAGCGAUCGCAUUUUACUGUGGUUUGAAGCUGGAUCCUGAAAACAAAGAUCUUCAAGACGCUUUCUGGGAAGCCUUUGCUGCUCACAAACAGCAAAGACAACAUGAAAACAGAAGCUCUUUCCGUGGCAGUUGAAGAGAUUUUUGGUGCACUCAGACCUAUGGGGUUCAAGUGAGCCGUGAGCAAGAUCCCAGGCACCAGGUGGUGCCUUUUUGAAGAUGUUAUUUGUUCCCAAGUCAGGUUGGUUCAAGGUGGGCUGAAUUCACUAAAUAUGGACUUGUUUUUCUCAUCUUGACUGUUCAGGUUCCGAAUUUGCAUAUUCGCCCACCUCACAAGAGGUCCAGGUUUUUACUUUUUUUGGACCGGGGCAUGUGAAUGGUUGUCCCCACCAGGUGGCUGAUCUGGAUCUUGCACUGCUUUUCUACAAAUCACGUAAGCAUGUCUUUUUGAAAGGUAUAAAUAUGCAUUUUGUAAUAUUGCAGUUGCUCAGCCUAACCAAUUUUACAUGUAGGCCCACCUUUGGCGAUCCAAACCAUUCAUAUGUUGGCCCAUUGUGAAUGGAAGAUACCCAAAAGAAUCCCCAGCAAAUAUCUGUGUUUCGUACAAAACUUGCCAUUGUCUUAAAUUGGUGCAACAGCGCCAUAGUGGGAAAAGGCUCUCCAUAGAUAUUACUAAUCUCACCGACUCAAUUAAAAAAGCCAUUUUAAUUGUU